ACUGCAGUUGUUUUCUCGCUUUGGUUAACGCCCAUUCAUAAUAAACCGAAACUUAAAACUCCUCUACCAAUUCUCCUCUACUACUUGUAGGUUAAACAGAGGCGAGUGGCGACUGUGGACAAGACGUACUCCUGAACUCCUGAAAAGGACCACUGCAUUAACUGUCGGAGGAGGGGGGGGGGCUGGGGGAGACGUUGUAGCUCCUCACAGCCUGAUGAUCGAGACGACGAGCUGACAUCCAACUCAUCCGAACCCCAGAGUGUCGUCCGCGUGCCCCCGCGUGCCCCCGCGGCGCCCCGUCGAGACGCCUCAUCGAGGCAAUUAACAUGCGAAGAUGAAGUGUUCCAGAUGUAAAAAGUUUGUUAAAAAUACUGCAAAUUUCUGCAGUAAGUGUGGACAUUGCCUCACUACCCAACCUGUGAACCAGACAAAUGAUGCAGAGGGGGAUUCUCUCUCAAAUACCUCGGAACCAGAGCCUUCUCUGCCCUUGGAUGGCUGUGAGUCUAAUGACUCCCCCCAACAGCUCGUCUGUUCGGGGGAAGGCGCCACUGGGGACAUCACGAAGCAAGUAUGUACAUAAGAAAAGGGCCAGAAAGAAGAAUGAUGAACCUAUGUCAUUAAACGAAGAAUCUUUGGCCUCAGACCUGUUGGAUAACAACCUGCCAAAUAUACAGGAAGAAUCUUCUCAAAGAGAUUGUAAUGCCAACGAAGUGGAUGAUAUUCCAGGCCCACUCAUUGAUGCCAAUUCCUCGACAGAGAGCCAGUCUAAUUCAUUGAAAGCUUACGGUACAAAACUACCUGAGGGCAGAACUGUACCAAAAACUACUCAGGCUGAGGAAAACCAGUCAGUUCAGGAUGAGUCAUCCAAGUCAGUUCAGGAUGAGUCAUCCAAGUCAGUUCAGGCUGAGUCAUCCAAGUCAGUUCAAGCUGAGUCAUCCAAGUCUAUUCCGGAUGAGGCAUCCAAGUCAGCUCAGGAUGAGUCAUCCAAGUCAGCUCAGGAUGAGGCACAAGAAAACCCUGAUGAUAUCGAAAGGAACGGGGAAAAUCCAGAAUCUGCGGAGGACGUUGAACUUCCUCCAAAAAGGAUUAAGUCAUCCAAGCCUGUUCAGGAUGAAUCCUCUAAGUCUGUUGAGGAUCAGUCAUCCAAGCUAGCUCAGGCUGAGGCACCUAUGUCUGUUCAGGAUGAGGCAUCCAAGUCGGGUGAAGUUGGGUCAUCUAAGUCAGCUCAGGUAGACUCAAUUUCUUCCACCAAUUCGGGCGAGGAUACGAAACCCCAAGAAGGUAAAGGGACAAAAUCCACCAAUCAGAAGAACCUUGGGGAGAAGACCAAGAAAGAUAACACCAAAAAGAAUGAUAAUAAAGGGGAUCAGAAAGCAUCCAUGGAUGAAAAUGCGAAUGAUACUCAUCAAUACAAGAAGCAGGUGAAAGUUGGUCAACAAGACCAAAAAGGAAAGCAAAAACCAACUGGUAAACAAGGCCCGGCCGCGGAAAAGAAGGCUGGUUCGAGCGUGGAUGCAGAGGCUAAGGUUGGAGUUGCGAGGAAUCAGCAGUCAGCUGCUGGGGGAGGAGACGUACAAGAAAAACCGGAUGAUGUCGAAAACACCGGGGACAAUCAAGAAUCUGAGGACCGCGUUGAACCUCCUCCUAAAAGAAUAAACAAUGAAAACAUGACAGUUGCUGCGAAGGACAGGCUCACAAUCUACUUUCAUGCGGUUUUGUCAAAGGAUUUUAAACUCGAAGAUGGCGACCUAAUAUUUAUCCAAGCUGGCAAACAUAUUGGGACAUGGAAUGAGAACAUUGCUGAGGUCCAUAUGACUAAGGAUCUUGGAGAGCAUGGAUUUUUAGUUGAGGGAAAAUUUGUCACAACAACAGAACUCGCCUUGGCUAAUAGCAUACCAUACAAAUAUGUUGUCUACAAGGCCAAAAAGAAGAAAUAUGAGUAUGAAUACAUUUACAAGUUAGAUUCAGAGCAACAUACGAAUCGAUGUUUGUUUGUGAAGCCCAGACUCCUCAAUGAGGAAGGGGAAUGGCAUCAGUAUGAUGACAUCAUCUGUUCAGAACCAUCCAAGAAUUUGUUGAAGCGCUUGAAAAACGCUAUUUGGUCGGAACAAAGGAUGGGUGUUGUCCAAGGCAAAGGGAUUGCAGGAAACGUCAUGCUAGACUCCAUAUUUGACCUCCUUCGGAUUUGGAAUGAGAUCAACUUGAAGAAUUUCCGCAUCCAACUGAACCAGUUCUUUGACGUUUAUGGAAACCCAGUUGUGUAUGAGGAUGCACAGAAAAAGUGGAACUCUCUAGAAUAUGGAGAAAAAGAAGUCCGGGUGUUGAUCAAGCAGUUCAUGCUCACAAAAGUGAUUCCUCAGUUGGAAAAAGACAGAGAUGGGAAGAUGGUUUCCUUCGUCGAAGAUCCCAUGAGGGCAGCAGUAAUCAUGCUGCAUGUUUGCCACCAUUUUAAUAUCAAACUGCUUGGAACAGAACAUCAUCGCCUCUGCCAAGCCCUGUGCUUUCCAAAGCUCAGCAAAGAAGGGUUUCUCCAGCAUUGGGACAAAUUGUCACUAGGUGUCUCUCAUCUUAAAGAUCUGCCAAAUCUGCUGGUAUCGCUGAUCAAUUCCAUGAAAUCGGAGAGACUACAUCGGUGGAUUUUGGUGCUUCCUCUUCUCCACCUCCUCCAGAGUACCUCCAAGCCUUUCCAGCCACUACCUCUCUCCAAGCCUGACCGAUCAUGGACAGGUUUGGAGGGUAUUGUUCUCAACCCAGCACACUGCAACAGUCAGGAAAAACAGGCUCUACGAAACCUGAUGAGCCUUCAUAAACAUUUAGUGGAGAUUGACCCACUGACUGCCCGAUCCUGGGUUUGUCUGAUGCCCCUUGAUCAACUGGUGGAGUGCAGCGUCAUCACUAACACCCAACUGUUGGACUUCCUUCAUAUCUUUUACAUAAAGACCCGCGACAUCACCUACAUCACUCACCAGGAUAUAUCCAACAUUCUCUCACAUGUGCAACAGUAUCUUAUUGAGCACAAGUACAGUUAUUUGAGCGUAGCUUACGGCAGAGCAUGUGUUGCAGCAGCUGUGCAAUUGCUGGAGAAGGUCUGCAAAGGAGUCAAACAUGCACAGUUUGGUCGGACCUACACAGAUAUUCCAGUGGCGUGCUUGAAUCUCGUCGCACUGGUUGAAGACUUCCGAGACCAGAACCAGGUUGCUCAAGAUGGGACAAAUUACGAGCAGUAUGCGAAAGACCUGGAGCUGUUAUUUGAAGCGAUGUCCAUCAUGAGAGGCUGGAUCAGUCAGACCUUCAAGAAUACUUCCUUUCUUAAUUCCAACUUCCUCUCAGGCAAUAGUUCUGAGAAUGAAAUACAAAUGUGGGAAAAUGUAAUCUCGCUCAAUUUAAAAAAUGAAGAUUUUAAAAUGGAAUGGAGGAAGACGUUCACAGGGGAUUUGGAGGGCACAUUCCAGAAGGAAUCAGCGCAGGAUCAGAUUGAAUUCUACUGCUCAAAGACCGAAGAACUCAGUCAUUCUCAUCCAAACGUGGCUGCUGUUAUCGAGAAGUGUGCUUUAGAGGCGGUCACCUCACUGUGCGAGGCAAGGCAGGAGGGGACACUGUUUACAAAAUUUAAAAUCAACUUGAAUUUUGGAAAACUCAUUUCGGCCAUCAUUCAGAAGUCAUGGCCAAAGGACAGCCAAGGAAGGAAUCAGGAGGAAGAGGUUUUUAGACACAUCCUCUCUUGGACGGCUGCCAAAGAUGUUUUCAAACUACAUGGAGCAAAUGAGAAGCUGAUUGAGAAACUCACAGAAGAGGCUAGAGAAAGAUUGGCGGUAGCAAUAUCUACUUUCACAGCCAUCACCGAUCAGCUGGUCAAGGGAAACAUUAAGAUCAACCUACUCAAGUUCCUCUUGGAAGGACGGCACGCCUUCUUAGCAUUGCUGAGAAUCGAGUGUCUCGCAGAAGAUCCUGAGUAUCAGGACGAGGACAGAAUGUGUACGUUGUUGAGGCAUAGAUACGAUGAGAUGAAAGCUGUGUACAAUGAAAAGGAUCUGGUCGAUGUCGUUGUGAAAAUGAGCCACAAACUGGAAGAACAUAUGACAGUUAAUAUCGGUAACCUGGAAGCAAGCCAACAGAUCAGCAUCGAGGCCAAGAGACUUGACAAUUUCAUGGAGGUUCACACAUUCGACCCGCAGUCCCACCCCCCAAUGGCUGGUGUGGUGACGUACUACGAUCUUGACGAAGACAUCAGAGAAAUGGCUGUUGUCCUGAACACCCACAAAGACAGCUACUUGUUCAUAGGUUGCUGGGAAAAACAGGCAAGGCAAUAUGUAGACCCUGAGGUGUCUGGUGUUGCUGAUAUAAUGGCCACACCGAUCAUGAUACAUGAUGACAUAUUCCAGCCCUGUCAUGAUGAGUAUCAAAACAUGUAUCGUUGCCUGAUGGACGGCAGCAUAAAGCUCAGGGAGGUUGACACACUCUUCAAAGAUUACACCGGGAAGUACAACGAACUUGAGAAGGACUUUGACAUAAUGUGCAGAGUGGACGUUUCAAAUGACAAACAGUGGAUCAAGCAGAGGGCUCUGCAGAUUCAGCAGUACCACGAACUCCAUCUUGCCGUGGAGUCUGCUAAAGCGAUCAUGCUUGUCAAGGAGACACUUGGUCUUCAAGGUGACUUCAGUAUCCUGCAGACAUUGCUGGAAGUUACGAAUGCAGCCUUUAAAGAAGGACCCCUGAAUCGAAUUGACGAUAACUUGAAUCAGGCCAAGAUGGUUCUCGUGGACAUCAAUUCUUCACGCAGACACUGUCUACAACAGUUGGGACAGAGAGGACUAUUUGUCCAUUGGGUAAAGGAAGCCCUCGAAGACAUCAAUGAGCUGAAGGUGUUUGUUGACCUGGCCUCCAUUUCCGCUGGAGAGAAUGACUUGGAUGUGGAUCGCGUUGCUUGCUUUCACGAUGCUGUCCUUGGCUACUCGCCAAUGCUCUAUGACCUCAAGAAGGACUCAGGGUUUCAAACCUUCAAGGAUGUGCUGAAGAAACUCUGGAGAGCUUUGGAGAAUGACAGUGACUUGCCCAAGAAACUGGUCGACACUGCACGCCAUCUAGAAUGGCUUAAGACGGUGAAGGAGAGUCAUGGCUCCGUGGAACUCUCCUCUCUUUCUUUAGCAUCCUCCAUCAACACCAAGGGCACCUAUGUGAUCAGUGCACGUAACGUAAAGAGGUUGAGCCUUGACACGGCCUUGAAGCUGCGGAUUCCAGAGGAGCACGAUGAGGGACAGGAGAUGCGCUGGUACACGCUUGAAGACCUACGGGAGCUCCAGAACAAACUCAUGCUCAUGUCUGGGAAAGACCAGGGCCAGCAUGAGGUGGACCACUUUGCAGAGGUCUUUGCCAAUGUCCAACGACUAGCCGAGGCUUUCAUUGCUUUGUACACAGCUGGGAACCCUCUAUUCAGAAGCUGGGAAGCGUACAUCAAUUGCAGCUUCAGCAAUGAAGCGUCCAGUAUCAUUAUUGACUUCAACCUUGACAAUGUGUCUGAUGUCAUUGCCGUGGAUGGAAAAAUUGACAUUCAGCUUCCAGAGUUGUGCAAGAAAAUUGAGAAGUGCCUCAAUUAUUGGAAGGACUUUGUGGACAAGCAAAGAUCCCAACAUUACUACCUUAACUAUUACACAGCCGAACAGAUUGUAUACCUGUGCAGUAAGCUAUCUCCGCAAAAUGUGGCUGAUUUGGAGGUUGAGGUUUUAAUGAUGCUCUCUUUUGUCAAGCCAAAUUGUACUGCAAAAGAUCUGAGAGAGGUCUGGCAUGCACUCCAGUACGAUAUCCUCACCAACCAAGAAGAACCAAACCUAGACAUUGAAUUUCACACUUUUGUUGAAGUGCCAGAAAAUUUGAUGGGGGAUUCCUCAAUCACAGGGGACUGGGUUCUUCUCAUGGAAAAGACAAAUUGUUCCCAAAAAUUUGAUUUACUCUGGAAUAGUUACAUGAAGGACAUGAGGGGUUUUCUUCCACAUAUUCUCGACAUAAAAGGCCUCGGUAAAUUAUUGGAAAAACUGGCCAACAAACAAAGCAAAGGGAAUUCGUUCAUAACAAGAGGAAUGCCGAAUGGCCUGACUACUGGGAAUCCCAACCUCGUUGUCUGCUCACAGGAAGAGGUCUUCAACACUUGCCUCUCCAUUUACAUGAGCGAUGAAAAUAAGGCGCUGCCCACUUAUGACGAAGUCCUGCUAUGCAACUCCUCAACAUCUUAUGAACAAGUGGAGCUGUUCCUGAGACGCUGUCUCACCCCUGGCUACAGCGGACGAAAGAUCUACACUCUGCUCUACGGUGACCUUCUGACCUACGACGUGAGCUCCAAAGUCGAGAGUUUCUUCCAGCGUAUGAAACUGCAACGGAGGGAGGAUUACAGACUAGUCAUGGUCUGCAGCUCAGAGCGUGAACAUGCAUAUAUUCCCUCGGCCUUCAGUCAAUACCGCUUGCACAUGGUCCCUCAGGAGCCUACAGCCAGGAUUCAGAGUUACCUGAGCAGACACUAUCGUGUCCCCGCAGAUGAGUGCAGCGCUGCAGCUGUGUUCAGAGACCGACUCUCUGUUGGAGUUGUGUCAUCGGAGAGAGCUGGCGUGGGUAAAUCCCUCUAUGUGAAGAGACUACAUGGGAAACUGAAGCGAUUGAGCAAAAAGCCAUCAGUGUUAAAAUGCAUUCGCUUGAUUGAACCAAAGGUUGACGAGAAUUCCAUCCUUCAGUCUCUGCUGGAAAGCACCAAGAAAAGCGAUUUGACAAUAUUCCAUUUAGAUGUCACGUCAUCGGUCCGGAAAGGCCUUCAAGACUUUCUAUUUAAAUUGCUGAUCCUUCGUUAUCUGAUGGACUCUGAGGGGAUGAUGUGGAAGUGCUGCAACAAGCAGUUGUAUCUCGUUGAAAUCUUGAAAUCAGCAAUGAAACUUCCCAGCAAUGUUUCACGUCAGAGCCAAACUAUGGACGGCUCGUUCAUAGAUUGGUUUCCUAACAUCUUCUGCCGACCACCUAAAGAAGUGUUGAUGCUAGAGAUGAAGAAGAACGAGGUUCCUGCCCUCUUCAACAUAGACGAGCCACUGAUGGACGAUGAAGAAUUCAGGAGUGAAGCAUUCCAAAGGCCAUAUCAGUACCUCACACAAUUCCAUAACCGCAGAGAUCUCGACACCUUCAAAUACCAUGCUGUUGAAGGGUCACAUGUGGAGUGUCUUCAAAUGCUCCUCAUGUUCUGUGGCGUCAUGGACCCCUCAUGGGCAGAGAUCAGAAACUUUUCCUGGUUUCUAAACCUCCAGCUAAAAAACUGUGAGACAUCUGUUUUUUGUGACUUUGAUUUAGUUGGUGACACUCUGAAAGGAUUCAAGAGCUUCGUUGUUGACUUCAUGAUUCUAAUGGCGAAGGACUUUGCCACACCAUCACUCAGCAUCUCUGACCAGAGUCCUGGAAGACUUCAGUUUGACACGAGUGGCCUGCGUGAAGAGGAUUUGGCCCCUUUUCGGAUCAGGAAGCGAUGGGAGUCAGAAUCACACCCAUACAUCUUCUUCAACGGUGACCAUGAGUCCAUGACCUUCAUUGGCUUCCAUCUUCAGCCUAAUGUAAAUAACUUUGUGGAUGCCAUCGACCCCACUUCCAAGAGGAUAAUAAAGAAAGACAUCAUGACUAAGGAGCUGUUUGAUGGCCUAACGUUACAGAGAGUUCCGUUCAACAUCAACUUUGAUCAACUACCAAGAGGGGAAAAGAUUGAAAGAAUCUGCAAUGUCCUUGGAAUCCAGUGGCCCCUUGAUCCCGACGAAACAUAUGAGCUCACAACUGACAACAUCCUCAAAAUUUUGGCAAUCCACAUGCGAUUCAGGUGUGGCAUCCCUGUCAUUAUUAUGGGCGAGACAGGUUGUGGCAAGACUAGGCUCAUCAAAUAUCUGUGUGAAUUGCAAAGAUGUGGAGUGGCUACCGAGAACAUGAAACUGGUCAAAGUCCAUGGAGGAACAAGUUCAGAUAUAAUCUACACCAAAGUCAGAGAAGCUGAAGCGAUAUCUUUGACGAACAAAGAAAACUAUGGCUUUGAUUCUGUCCUGUUCUUUGAUGAGGCAAACACAACAGAGGCUAUCAGCAGCAUCAAGGAGAUCAUUUGUGACCAUACCGUGAAAGGUGAAAGUUUGACACCCAACUGUGGAUUGCAAAUAAUAGCAGCAUGCAACCCUUAUCGAAAACACACAGAGGAAAUGAUUACAAAGCUAGAGUCUGCUGGCCUUGGUUAUCGAGUCCGAGCUGAGGAGACGGAUGAAAAGCUUGGUUCAAUCCCACUCCGCCAAUUAGUUUACAGAGUUCAGGCCUUGCCACCAAGUAUGAUUCCUCUGGUGUGGGAUUUUGGACAACUGAAUGACAACACGGAGGAAAUGUACAUUCAACAGAUUGUGCAGAGAGUAGUUGGACUCAAAGCAAUCAAAGGAGAAUACAUCAAGAUCAUCACAGAUGUCCUUGCAGCUUCUCAGAGAUAUAUGCGGAAAAAAAAAGAUGAGUGCAGCUUCGUCAGUCUGCGGGAUGUGGAGCGCUGCAUGCAAGCCUUCAGCUGGUUCUAUGAGAACCACGUCAUGUUCUUCACGGAACUUGAACAAUUUGAGCCAAAACAGCGGGAGCUGAAGAAUGAAGUACCGCAGAGAGACAGAGCGGUUCGAGACCCUGUCCUCUGGUCUCUGAUCAUGGCUGCAGGGGUCUGCUACCAUGCCUGCUUGGAAAAAAAAGAGAAAUACAGACAGAAUAUCUGUUCAAUGAUGAACUGCACCCCCUUCAGAGUAAUGCAGGAAAUCUCACUUAUGCAGGAUCUACUUUUAAGUGGGGUGCCUAUGGGUGAAACAAUCGCAAAAAACAGUGCACUCAAAGAGAAUGUCUUCAUGAUGGUCCUAUGCAUUGAACUUAGAAUUCCCUUAUUUUUGGUUGGAAAACCUGGAAGUUCAAAAUCUCUCUCUAAAACUCUUGUGGCAGAUGCAAUGCAAGGCCAAGCAGCUCACAGUGAGCUCUUCAAAAAGUUGAAACAAAUCCAUUUGGUGUCCUUCCAGUGUAGCCCCCAUUCAACCCCAGAGGGCAUCAUUAACACAUUCAAGCAAUGUGGUCGUUUCCAAGAAGGCAAGAACCUAAAUGAGUACAUUUCUGUUGUGGUAUUGGAUGAAAUUGGGUUGGCCGAAGACUCUCCUAAAAUGCCGCUUAAAACACUUCAUCCUUUACUAGAGGAAGGGUGCAUUGAUGAUGAACCACUGCCUCACAAGAAAGUUGGUUUUAUCGGCAUUUCCAACUGGGCUCUAGACCCUGCAAAGAUGAACAGAGGCAUCUUUGUCUCACGCGGUGACCCUGAUGAGAAAGAGCUCCUUGAGAGUGCAAAAGGCAUAUGCUCAUCUGAUGCAAUGCUCCUGGGGGCGGUAAGUGAUCUCUUCCAGCCCUUGGCCAAGGCCUACUUGAAUGUCUGCCGAAAACAAGGAAAGGGCUUCUUUGGUCUUCGUGACUACUACAGCUUGGUCAAGAUGAUUUUUGCAAUAACCAAAGGUACUCGACAGAAGCCCAGUGAGUCGAAAAUUGUUGAGGCAGUGUUGAGGAACUUCAGUGGCAAAGACAAUGACAACGUACUCUCUGUUUUCACUGGUAGGCUUAAAAUCACACCCAAUCUUGAGAGCAUUGACGUGACUGAGCUUGUGAGACAGAACAUUUCGGCGAGCGGACAGGAAGAGUGCAGAUACUUGCUGGUUCUGACUAAGAAUUACGCUGCCCUGCAGAUCUUGCAGCAGACCUUCUUCUCAGGAAGCGAUCAGCCUGAAAUCAUCUUUGGCUCCAGCUUCCCAAAAGAUCAAGAGUACACCCAAAUAUGUCGCAACAUCAACCGAGUGAAGAUCUGCAUGGAAACGGGGCGCACCGUUAUCCUCCUGAACUUGCAGAACCUUUACGAAAGUCUCUAUGAUGCUCUUAACCAGUACUACGUCUAUCUCGGAGGACAAAAAUACGUAGACCUUGGACUCGGAACCCAUCGUGUCAAAUGCAGGGUGCAUCAGGACUUCAGACUCAUCGUCAUCGAGGAAAAGGAGGUUGUCUACAAGCAGUUCCCAAUACCACUCAUCAACCGGCUAGAGAAGCACUACCUGGACAUCCACACUGUCCUCAAGAAGGAGCAGAAGAGUACAGUGAAGAAGUUGGAAAGAUGGGUGGAGCAGUUUGUUUCUCUCAGCAAACAACACACAGUGGGGCCUCAGACGUACAAGUACCAAGCACCAGACGUCUUCAUCGGCUACCAUUCGGACACAUGUGCUUCAGUGAUUCUUCAAGUGAUUGAAAGGAGCAGGCAGGACUUGGAAACAUCCGAAACAUCCGAAGCAGACAUACUGCGAGCAUCUGAACUGGUGCUGUUGAACUGUGCCACACCUGACUCAAUAGUGCGUCUGGAUUGCACAAUGCUCCCAAAGGUCGAAAGUGAAAGACUGUCUCAAGUGUACUUUGAAGAGCAGAAUACCAGUUGUUUGGCUGACUACAUCCUUGCUCACAUGAACCAGGAUACCCAUUGGCAUGCCUCCUUCACUGAGGUGACUACUUUCUCCAGGCUUCUCACAGCCUCAGACUUGGAACAACUGGAGCAGUUACCUCAUGCUGUGGAGCUGUUAUCCCUGCAGCAGUUUGAAACAGAGCAGUCUUUCCUCAAGAAGAUCAGGCUUUUCUUCACAACUCCAAAUGGAGGAAACUGUGGGGUUGGCAACAAGAUCCUCAUCAUUCAGAGUGAUUUUGAUGAAGCAUCUCACAGUGCACAUCUUAUUGCAUCUGCAAAGUAUUCAUCCCUGAAUGAAAUGAACAAGAUCAAACAAGCUAUUGUGGAGAACAAUAUAUUUGUCUACUUCAUCACCAAACUGCCAAGGAUGGAAGGGGGAACUUCUUACGUUGGCUUUCAUGGAGGGCCAUGGAAAUCGGUUCAUAUUGAUGACCUGCGGAAAUCCGAGGAUAUCGUAGCGGAUAUCAAGGCUCUGCGAAACCUGACAAUCAGUGAACUGUUUGACGAAAACCGAACUAAGCCCGAAGCAAUGGAGCAGGAUGAAAUGUAUUCUGAUGGAUUCCAACACAUCACAGAAGUUGAAAACCAAGUGGGAUGGGACUACGUCCUGGACACCACAGCUCUGGUACGUAGCUGUGUGCAGAGUGCAGUGGGCCUGCUGAGGGACCAAGUGGAGAACGGCUACCGCAGUACCAAAAGAGUGGAGAUCUUACUGACCCUUCUGAACGACAACGAAGACUUCAGAGGUGAAUUUCUUAGGAUUUUGAAGAGGCGCCUUCACUCCUUGUUGUUGACCCAGGAUGUCAACCCUCAUUCGUUCAAAAGCAACUGGGUGAUAAAGGAGGCCUCAAAUAUUGAUGCCUUGCAGGAAGGAGGAACAUUCAGGCACACACUAUGGAAACGUAUCCAGGCGGUUGUCAUUCCUUACCUAGCCCAGCUGGUCUCCGUCAUCGACCGAGAUCAAAAUCUGGACAUUUUGCUUGACACCAACUGCAAUGAGCCUCUCAAGACAUUGUGGCUUGACAUCUUUGGCGCAGAGAAGCUGUUGGAAGUGCCAUCGCUGACUAUUGAUCUCAACUCUGCGACAAGAAGCAUCCUGGUGCAAAACUGCUUUGCUCUAGACCAGAACCUCAGCUGCAUCAUGCCCUUCAGCUGGAGGAUAAAGGACUACCUGGAGGAGCUCUGGGUUUAUGCUCGUCAGCAUGAAGGCCAAACACAGAGUCAGUUUGAUGAGUUCUUCUGGAGGACUCCCCUCGGUCGAUCCAUCGCGAAAGCAAGCCCGGAGAUGCAGUACGAGUUUUUCCAGCGAUACCUACAGGACUUUAUCUCCAUGACGAUGAAUGUCAGGUCCCAGGAAAACCUUCAGAUCCUUCGCAGAGCUUUGAACUGCUGUGUUAAUGAGAUGCAGUCGCGGGCAAUGGAGACUGAUAAGGAGGGGACCUCUCUUCCCUGGGUCCAUGCUGCCUACCACGAGUUUAAGAACCGAUUGCAGAACUUCGCCAGGAUGGUCAACCUUGAGCCGAGGAUUACCCAGGUCCUCCUGAACCAGCAAGCUCAGGAAGGGGCAGAGUUGGUUCUUGAUAUCUAUGCUGCAAUAGCCUGCGUUGAGUAUCUGGAACCCACGCAACUGGAAACUGAUGGGCAGAGGCAAGCCUGGCUGAGACAGGUGAAAAAGCUCCAGGUUCCCAUUGAGUUGAUAUGCUCUCAAGACAGCGUGAGGCACUAUGGAGACAUGAGCAAGACAAAGGUCUGCAUUGUCCGGAAUGGGUGGAACCGCAUUUUUACCAUGUCGCUGUUUGUGGAGCACAUGUUGCUGGGUGAUGAGGAGGCCGAGAUGAAUCUGAAGCCUUUGGUUCUGGACCACAUGAGAGUUCUUGGGCAGAUCCUGGAGAGGAAUUCAGACCUCAAAGAGCGGCAGGCGUUUGAGGAGGUGAUUGGUGUACUCAAAGCCUGCAAAGAUAAAGUGGUAGAGGGCAUCUUCAGGUUUGGCCCCCAACGGUGCCCUGUGUGUAUGAUGGACCCUCAAGAUCCCCUCAGCCUGCCCUGUGACCACAUCUACUGCGUGGCCUGCAUCAAACAAUGGCUGGGCCCUGGUCAGAUGUACUGUCCCUUAUGCAUGCAGCCUGUCCCUGAAGACUUCUCCACAACGCCUUCAGAGGAAUUAAGGUUUCAGACCAAUCAACAUGCCAAGUUCAGGAAGCAGUGCAAUGCUUUCUUCAUAGACCUGGUUUCCACCAUGUGCUUCAAGGACAACACCCCGCCCUGUUCAGCCAUCGUCCUCCAUCUGCUGUCAUUCCUCAUGCUGGAGGCCAAACCCCUCCCCAUAUUUAGAGGGGAUCGACAAAUUCUGACCAAGGUCCUCUCGCCGUUUGACGAGUCUGUGGACAAAAACCCAGUGGUGCGCUCCUUUGUCCUCAAACUGCUGCUGAAGUUCAGCUUUGAGCAGGUGAAAGGCUACCUGCAGCAGCAUCUGACCGAAGUGGAGAAGAGCCUCAUCUUGGAACAGACUGAUAAAACCGAACUGUACUCCAUGUACAUUAACUGCCUGGAGGACUCCAUGUUUGAGCGGACGCAGUUCCGUUCCGGUGCCGCGCAACAGGCCUACCUGCAGGACGAGAGGGUCUUUCUGUCCGGCUACACGCGUGCAGCAUGCCAAGACAGCGCUACUGUAGAGCAUCUGCAGCAGGUAGCCAGGGUGCGCAUGGGCCUGGACAUGGCCGCCACUCUGCUGGUACAACAAAUGGAAGGAACCCAACGUGAAGGCCAGGCCUCCAUCGAAGACUUCCUGGGCGCCGUGGCGAAGCUGUGCAUUCAGAGCAACAACGACUGGUUCCGUGUCUACCUGAUCCGCAAGAUCUGCACUCAACACGGCGUGGAGUUUGUCCAGAGUCUCCUCAAAGUGGAGGCUGUGCACUGGCUCUUCCCUGAAGAAGUUCUCCAGCAGAGUGAAGAAGGCAGCGCCAUUGAUCAUUUCCUCGUGUGCGGAGAGGACUACAAGACCAUUCGAGAUGCUCUGGCCACAGUGCUGAUGGAGGGCAAAGUGGAUGUGCUGGAUAAAGCGUACGAGACGUGCAAGUGCUUGCCACAAACGAAGGCGGUGUAUCUUCUGUUGGCCCUCUUCAGAGAAGUCACCUCUCUCUACGGAAACGCCAACGGUAGUCGCCAUCCCACACCCGAGCAAUGCCGAGUCUUGGUGACGCACAUCGAUGCUUGCGGACUCCUGCAACGCGCCGAGAUGAAGAACUUUGCGAAGGCCUUGGUGGCCAACCGUCUGGGGCCCUUGGCCGUCGUCCCCGGGGCCCCCGGGGGGCGCUGUGCGGUGGUGGAGCUGACGGUCCACAUGGCCUCGGUCCUUCUCUGCGCCAACCAGCGGAUCCUCGUUCCCCUUCAGAACCUGGCCCUGUCAACGGGGAACAUGCAACGAGCCUUCUUGCCCACCAUGCCAGAGGACAUGUUGUUUGUAGCUCGACAGGCCAUGGGAGCGGUGCACUGGUACUAUUGUCCAAAUAACCACCCCUGCACCAUCGGAGAGUGUGGUCAACCCAUGGAACGAAGCCGUUGUCCGGACUGCGGCGCUGAAAUCGGAGGAAACCAGCACAGACCUGUGGCUGGAUUCACUGCUGCUCAAGCAGCGCAGGGCGACCGCACCCAGACGGGCCACGUCCUCGGAGACCCGGUGCGCAGGGACAACCCGGACACCCUGGACACCAAGAACAUGUCCCCGGGGCCCUUCACCCUGGUGCGCAUGCUCACCCACAUGGCCAUGCUGUUGGGAGCCAGCAUCAACCAACAGCUCAUCGCUCAGAUCAUCAAACCUCCGGUGGCUGAUCCAGGAGCCUUCCUGUUGGCCCACCUGCUGAAGGACAUGGAGCAUCUGACCAAGUCUCUGGGGAAGGGGACGGACGACACCAUCCACACGGUUCACCUGUUGCUCUGCGGCCUGCUGGAGCCUCAACAGGUUCAACAAUGGCCCGAUCCUUACGACAACCAUCUCUCCACCAAAGACCACAGGAACGGCUGGGAGAUGUCCGUCAGCAACACCAUCAUCAUACCUCAACUGAAGCACCUGGACCGACGGCUGAAGGAGGCCAACGACCUGGUCCGGGCCGACGCCCGUGUGUCCUGUGACCCCGUCUUCAAGCUGAUGUUCGGGGACCCGCGCCUCUUCCUGGCCUCCCUGCCCCGCGGCUCCCUGAUCCACGGCCAGGCGGUGUGGAGCUGCAGGGAGGAGCUCUCGCUGCUCAGCCUCACGCACAUCGUGGAGCAGCACGACGGCAAAGACACGCUGCCCCUCCUCUGGAGGUUCCUCCAGAGGGAGGCGGAGCUGCGCUUCGUGAAGUUCCUUCCAGACAUCCUAACACUCCAGAAGGACCUGGUGAAGAAGUUCCAGAACAUCAGCGACCUGCCCUUCAGAACUAUCGCCGACUUCCUCAACAGUCUGAAACAAGUGUCACUCAGAGGUUGGUACGAGAGAUGCAUCACCAUCUUCCUGGCCACCUGGAAUAAACUCAGGGCUUCCUUGGCAACAAAUGGAGAGAUUAAGAUCCCGGCAGAGCUGUGCGAGGAAGACCUGGACUGGGACAGUGACCUCACGGUGCUGUUGCCACGGAGACAGGGCCCAGGGCUGUGCUCUACAGCCCUGGUCAGCUACCUGAUCGCCCUGCACAACGAGAUCAUCAAAUGUGUGGACAAGCACACCGGAGAACACACCAGCUACGAGGUGAGCCCCGCCGACCUGACGGAGCAGCAGGUGAUCCGCUACGAGCUGGACCAGGAGCUGAUGCCGCUGGUGCUCGCCAACAGCCAGUACAGCCUGGAGCGAGGCAAGGAGACGCUGCAGGAGUACGACCUGGCCAAGAUCCAGCAGCAGGUCCUCACCCACUUCCUGCAGGGCCGGCCAAUCAUCACCCUCCAGGGCAUUCCGACCCUGGUGAACAGACACGAGCGGGACUACGUGAUCAUUCUGAAGGACGUCAAAGAGAAAGUGGAGCAGGAAGCCCUCCAGAGCCUGAUGGCGUCCUGCCUGGCGGCGGAGCUGCAGUCGUACAGCGAGGUGUGCGAGGCCCUGACCACGGUGGAGGUGGCCCUGGGCUUCCUGGCCAUGACGGGGGGGGACCCCCACAUGCAGCUGGCCUGCUACCUGGAGGAGGUGCUGCAGAUGAAGGACCAGACUGCCCCACACGUCCUCAAGGCCCUGACUGUGUGCCGGCUGAGGCACUGUGUGGCCCUGUGGCAGCUCCUCACCUCGCUCAAGUCCCAGAACAUGAUGCGGCUCAAGAGGGAUCCGUUCGCGGCGUUCCCCGGGGCCUACAAGCAGCCUCUGAGCGACGAGGACCGCAGGCUGCUGUCAGGGUUCUUUGUGAAGCCCGUUGCCGAGGGCUUCCUGCUGGAGAUGCACGAGUUCCUCGUGCUGGAGCUGAAGAACCCCCACGCCCCCAACAAGUACCGACCGGCCUGGGGGCUGAGAGACACGGUGGUGUCCUACAUUGAGCGCAAGGACCUGGAUGUUUCUCCUGAGGUGGAAGUCUUGUUCCCAGAAGAGAUCUGCCUCUCUCACUUCAUCGAAGCGUGGAAGUUCAGUGUGGUCUUCAAACAGGAGAACAGCAGUCAGAGAUCUUGAUGUUGACAUGAUCGAUCAGGGAGAUCUGUCCUAGAACAGCUCAGAUAAUGUUUACAUUCUAUUUUGAUAAACAGUGAAAGGAAGAGAAAUCAUGAGAGAUGUGGUUGGUUUUAUCUGCAGCAAGCAAUCCCAGGAGCGUGUCACUGGUAGAGCUUCCAAUAUAUAUUUUGUUAGAAAUUAAGAAAGAUUAGUUCGUUGUUUUUUGUUUUGCUGGACAAUUGCACUGUGAGCUGUUUUGUGGGCAAAAUAUUUUCUUCUCCUACGCAGUAUUACAAUGUGUGGACCUCUGUUUAAAUAAUGUUGAAUUUUUGUCUUAUUGUCUUGGCUCAGGAAAAACAUGUCCUCAUGCAAGUCAAUCAUACACAUAGACAUGUCUGAGAUUGAAGAGAAACUCAUUGUGCUCCAUUUAUUUUUCCUUAUUAUUUUGAUGUAUUGUCUGAGACCAUACAUUGCUGUUUUUGUUCAUUGUUAACGUUAGGAUGCCUUGUGUUUUGUUUAUUACUAUUAUGACAAAUGUGAGCCUUAUUUCAACACAUUGCAACUUGUCAAUCAGGUAAUAUAUUACUUUCUAUUUGUAUUCAUUCAUAUAUUAGAGAAAUAUUGGUUGAACAUAUAAUCACUUAUUCUGUAUAUGUUCCUUGCGAACAAUCUUAGGGUGACUUAUUUGGUUGACUAUUAUUCUUACCAAAUGAAUGCAUUAUUUUAACCCAUUCAAACCUGUAAUCAAUACAAGACUUAGUCAUCAGAAUAAAAAUACCUUUCGUUUUGAAUCUAUAA